CGUUCGGAGUCCGGACAAUAACAUGGCAACGACAACAUGACAUAUUAUUUUUUAGCUGUCGAACAAGUCGAAUAUCUUCCUCAAUAACACAAUUCAACUAUAUUUCACAAUGCCCUCCUCAGAAUUCACCCAAACAUCCGCCGGCGUCCUCUCGCUGCUCACCUCCCUGGGCGGCGCCAUCGGCUAUGCCCGCACCGGGUCCAUCCCAUCCAUCGCAGCAGGUCUGUCGGUCGGCGCGCUCUACCUGCUCAGCUUGGUCCGUCUGCGCAAUAACCAGUCGUACGGCGAGGAAAUUGGGCUGUUGGCAUCAACCGUGCUAGGCGGUGCCUCUGUGCCGCGAGCGAUUCGGCUCCGUAAGCCGGUUCCUGUCGCGCUUAGUGUGUUGGCGACAUAUGGCCUGGUGUUGUUUGGGUUGGCGUAUCGUGAUAAGAGGGCUAGCCGGAUUUGAGAUGUAAUAAAUACGGAUGGAAUCGGGAGCAGUUGUCGUCUCUACCUCUGCCUGGAGAAGCAUUCCAUGAUUCACAUGUACGAUGGAUCGGGUUAGGAGUGUAGCUAAAUACUAGUCAAUGGACAAGAACUGGUUAAUGGACAAGAACUGGUUACUCAGUUCUGGUGAAUAUCUAUACGAUUUCUAAUUAAUUAAUGUUGUUAAUCUGCAGCAUUGAUUACCCCCGACCCUGACUCUGUGAAAGAAUCGGAGCUAACAUACAUUAAUAAUGCGACCUCGUGAUGGAUCAGCUUUGCAACUAACUGUCUGACAUCAAAUACAACUGAAGCGGGGUUGUCCACUAUCAAAGCUCCGGAUAAUUAUCCAGCCGCGCCUCUCUCAUAUUCAAAUUUCUGACCCGUUUUAUUUUGUGAUGACUCACCUAAUCUCAUGCGGAUGAGAGUACAGCACGUGCUCCUUUGCAUAAUGCAUAUGCGUCC